AAUGUUGGCGUAUCCUUACUGACUAUGGUGCAAACGUCAAGAUUAAUGACAAAUACGGGAAAAUUUCAUUUCUGUACGCUGUAGAGAAAAAUAGUGAAGAAUGUUGCAGUAUUCUUAUUGAGUAUGGUGCAGACGUCAAUGCUGGUGACACGUACAGUAAGACAGUAUUGAUGUUCUCUGUUGAGAACGACAAUGAAGAAUGUUGUCGUACUCUUAUAGCUUAUGGUGCAGACGUCAACGCUUGUGACAAGUCCAAGACGACUGCAUUGAUGUUCGCUGUAGAGAACAAUAGUAAAGAUUGUACUCAUACUCUUAUUGACUAUGGUGCAAACGUCAAUGCUAAUGACAAGUACGGGAUGACUGCAUUAUUGUACGCUGUGCAGAACAAUAGUGAAGAAUGCUGUCAAAUUCUUCUUGAACAUGGUGCAUAUGUCAAUGUUCGUGACAAGGUCGGGAAGACUGCAUUGAUGUACGCAGUACGGAACAAUCGUGAGAAAUGUUGGCGUACUCUUAUUGACUA